UGUUGACUUUUUUCAUCAUGGCAAGAAAUAGAAAUUCGCACGCGUAGUUGAAGGUCAAGGUCAUCCUUUACCGACCACUCAGUGAUUGGUUCGUACUAAACAGACUAUGUUUUCUAAGAGUCGUGCUUGCUCAUCUUAAGCUUAAAACUGAAGACAAGAUGACUAGUGCGAACAAUCAGGCUGAGCAAACCGUCGCGAUCUAUGUGACAGUGGAGAUUAAGACAGACCGGAUCGACGACUUCAUGGAGGCGAUGGCUUUCAAUACCCUGGAAUCGCGGAAGGAGCCUGGCUGCCUGCGUUUUGACCUCCUUAAAUCGUCGGAAAAGGAAAACACCUAUCAUUUCUACGAGAUUUACACGAAUGCGGCAGGCCUCGCCGCGCAUCGGGAGACUCCGGCCUAUAAAAAGUGGGCAGCGUUUAAGGAGAGCGGUGGCGUAGUAUCGCAAUCUGUCUCGAAAGCCAACGGCCUGCUGUUGCAAUAGUGGAAGCCCACGGCGUCGUGAUGUAGUUACUCAUGUGUAACGUCGUGACAAAGAUAGUCAAUGGGUAUCAGUGGCACAAGGAUUUACGCCUAUUAGUGCAUAUCAAGAUUAUUAUGUUAUGAUUUUUGAAUUCCAUUUCCAACGAUGAUGAGACUGAUCAACAUGAACAUAGACUAGUGAUACCGUUACCAGUUCCAGUUUUUGCGCUCGGCACACUUUUCCAUAAUCAUAUCAUGGGGCAUCAUCGCGGUCAUACACGAGACCACCAACAUCUCGAAAGCACGCAGAAGCAAGGUUCCAUCGUAUGUGUUGCGCGGGUCCAAGUAGCAAGUGGC